GAUUCUGGUGAGGUUCGAAGGAGGUACGGAGAGAUCGAAAACGGGAAUGGUAGGAGAAGCAACAAUGCUCGAAAGAGUUUGAGACCAAGUUCCCGGUUCCAAUCUACGGAAGUCCAGGACGACGCCGCCGCUACCGCCAUUCUAUCUCCAGAGCCGUUGUCUGAACUCGACAGACGACAAUCAUCUUCUGAAGCUGAAUCCUGAUUAUUACGAGUAAUACUCUCAUCAGCAAAUCCUGUACCGGAAGCCACAAAGCUAGGUGAAUCGAGGACAGUAUCUGCUUUCUCUCGAACAGAAGAAAACUUAAGCACACCGGAACAACUGCCACACCUCACUUGAUAUCUCUUAUGUUUCCCGUGGAGAGACACCUGAGGAAGCUGUAGAAGUUCCAAACAGUAUGAACAAGUUGCAAAAGGCGCUCCACCAGCCGAAGGAAGAACAUAGCGUUUCACCACAUGAUUCCUCUUUCGGACAUACUCUUUUUUGUCCCUAAGAGAGCUCUUCUCACUGCUUGUCUCACUCGUAGAGCGAAGUGGCGCUAUAUCUGCUUGAUAACUACGCUCAGAGUACAUAGAGCGAUGCGGUGUCGCAUAGCUGCUGGACUCAUAUAGAUUAUGAUCAUGCGCCUGAGACUGAGAAGAAGACCAGUGAUUGUACUUUCCAUCAGAUGUCUCACCCGGAAAACGAACCGGUGAAGCAGCAGAAGAUUCUUGAAGCCAGCCUUCUCUUCCGUAUUGCUUGAAUUGGUUUGGUUGAUGGUGUUGAUGAUAAUAAGACUGCUCGGAUGCAGAAGCUUGAGACCCGUGAAAAGGACUACUACUGUAGCCGUAAUCAUAUGCAGAUGAAGGGGAAGGACUUGCUGGAUAGAAAGGAACCUGAUGAGGAGCUGGCUCUUCAUAUCUCCUCUCGUGCUGUGUCCACUCAGAGACAUUGCUGCGUGAGUUAUAAGGAGACCUUCUUGUUGAAGCAAACACAUCAGACUCACGGUUCUCACUGAAAUCAUCAGCUCUUCUCAUCCAUUCUCUCCGUAUAUCGGAUGUCUCAUGCUUGUUAACAUAAGGGGAUGCUCUCGAAUUGUGAGUACUCCUCAUUGGAGUUUUACUACCACCUUCUGCAGAUUCUACCUCGGUACUUAAACUACGGUUUUGAUUAGAAAGGAGAGCCUCUGGAAUAGAGUUAACAUUGCUUUCAAGUUCCCAACGUUUCGCUGCAUCCAAAGAAAGAAGACAAGAAACAGAGAACACUAAGCACAAGGAAGGUUAUUUGCAAACAUUAGUAGGGGUAAGGAGGACUUGAGAAGGGUAUUGUUACCUUGGAGAAUCGAGUUGCAUCCACUGCAUUUGUAAGUAGUUGCAUCUAUAGGUUCUUGGAGAAGCUUAUGGCACUUAGGACAUCUCACGAUUCUAGACUGAGAAGACAACCCCGGCGCGGUUUUACUCCUCAUGCCUCUGAACAUAUGCUUCAAAUCUUUACCACUUGCCAACUACAAAAAAAAAAGAAGCACAACAGCUCAAAUCCAGAAACCAAGAACCGGUAACAGGAAGAAUCAAAGAUCGAACAGAGAGAUGAAGAAGAUAAAGAAAAGAGAGAGAGAUAGAGAAGUUACCUUAGAACGGAAAAUGGAGAGGAGCCUAGGUGAGGGUGAAGAAUCUGAGGAUGGUUCAAGAGUUUUCUUGGGAUCUUUAUUGUCUGAAGAUUGGGAUCUGCUCUGUUUCUUCUUCUUCAUCAUGGUUUGAUGAUUGACUUCCCUUUGAUGAAUUAUUUUUUUCUUCUUCUGUAGUGUAUAAAUCUUUGUUGAUGAUCUUUCAAGCAAGCAAGGAGGAGGACGAGAUAUUAUAAUAUGAAUCAGAUCAGGCACAUGAAGUACAAUAACUCAAUAUAUAAACUAUACUCAUAUAAAAACCAAACUGUAUAAUGGUCAAGGUGAUAUGAUAUGGAUUAACGGACUUGUAUAUAUUAGUUUACUUGUAUAUUAUAUUUAUAUUUUUUCCUCUUCAUUUUUCUUUUCCCUGAAAAA